AUGGAAAUCCCCGAGCGGGCACUCGAUGUAGGGACCGGGACUGGUACCUGGGCCUUUGAUUUUGCCGAACGUUAUCCUUACUGCGAGGUGUUGGGAACCGAUCUAAGUCCAAUCCAGCGACAAUGGACUCCACGGAACUGUUCGUUUGAAAUUGAUGACUUUGAAGAGGAAUGGCAAUACCACGAAUCGAACCUCUUCGGCUAUAUCCAUACCCGUAACCUUGCAGGUUCGAUAUCCGACUAUGACAAGUUCUUCGCUCAAGCAUAUAACAACUUACUUCCAGAUGGAUAUCUUGAGAUGCAGAGUACUGAGGCAAACUUCUUCUCAGACGAUGGAACGCGAGAGAGGGCUGUGACGGCUAAUCUGUGGCAGAAGCUACUUGUGAAGGGUAACAAGAAGUUUGGCAAACCAUUGAAUGUUGAGCAUACAUGGGCAGAGAAGAUGAGGGCUGCAGGGUUUGUAGAUGUUGUUGAUGAGGUUGUUAAGGUCCCAAUCGGUCGAUGGUCUCCAGACCCCAAGAUGAAAGAAAUAGGCCGUUACCAAGCGAUGAAUUUCCGCGAGUGGCUGGAAUCGGGCUCGCUGGCUGUGUUUACUCGUGUCUUGGGCUGGACUAUGGAGGAACUGGAUGUGCUCUUCACUGCCGUGCAGAACGAUUUUGCUGACCCCCAAUCGCACCUGUACGCACAGGUGAGAUUUAUAUAUGGUCGGAAACCGAGAUGA